UCUGAAAUUAGUCAAGUGUGUUUAUCCGAACAUCGUAAAAUGUCGUGCUGGAUACGUGGUUGUCCCACUAAAGAUGGAUCAGAGAAAAGAAGCCUUUUUACACCUUUCUCAGAUGAAAUGUUCAAUAACUGGUGUGACAGUGGACUUGCUACAAAAGGCGUCACUAAAUUUAGCAAAAAAAGUCGCGUCUGUGAGUUGCAUUUCCCAAAGGACGAUAUUAUCCGAGAAGAUACUUUUUAUUUGAGAGACGGUACAACUUCCUUUAUGCCACGUAAAAUACCGAAGUUGAAAAAAGGUGCUGUUCCAUCAAUUUUGCCACCGGAGGUCAGUUAUUAUCAUAUAAACGCUAUUAACGAGGAGAUAAAUUACUAUCGUGUGAACGUUGUUGACAAGCUGCGACAGAAACAACAGCGGACUGGAGAAACGAACAUAAUUGUAACUCAGUCAAUGAGUAGGGCCGAGAUAAAUUCUUAUAACAAUAUUAGAGUCGAAACAGAAUUGAUGUGUGUUGAUGAAACGAUGAAAGAUGACAAUACAAUACAAGGAUUCAAAAGAGAAUUGGAAGCAGAUAAGAUUCUUGGCUCGGCGGAUGACAAUGGAAACCUAAUGUACUUGAUGCAGUGGAAAGGAACAGAUAUAGUUGACAUGGUACCUGCCAGUGAAGCCAAUGUCAAAUGUCCUCAGAUUGUUAUCCGAUUUUAUGAGAAGAGAAUAACUUGGAAAAGAGUAAAAAUAAGACCGUAAUAAAUAAACCUUGACAAAACUAGAUUUUAAUUUUUUAGAAAAUUGAUUU